AUGUCCGACCACGAUCCCUCGAACGUGCCAAAGCCCGAGAGCCAGGCUGCUGAUGCUGCCGCUAGUGCAGACAGUGGUGAUGAUGACGAAUUUCACGAUGCGCGGUUCCCCGCAGAGGAAGAGGCCCAGAAAUUAGUGAAAGAGGCCCAAGAAAUCAAAUCCGAGGCGAACCAGCAUUUCGGCGCGGCGAGCUACGACCAGGCCAUCUCCUGCUACGACCGAGCUCUCGCCGCGUGCCCAAUUUACUUGGAUUACGAUGUCGCUGUGCUUCGUAGUAAUAUUGCUGCUUGUUAUCUGAAACUGGAGGAUUGGAAGGCUGCGGUGGAAUCUGCAACUGCCUCUAUCGACCGUCUGGAUAAGAUCAUCCCUCCCGCCUCAACAGACAAGAGCCAAAGCGAUGGGAAGGACCCCAACGGCCAACAGAAUGACCCAAAGGACUCGGACGCCGUGGUCGAAAUAUCCGGAGACAACGAAGAAGCAGAACAAAAAGAAUUGCAACGCCUGAAAGAGAAUGACGAGACGCGGACAAAUGUCAUGCGCCUCCGCGCCAAGACCCUCAUGCGACGCGCCAAAGCGAAGACUCAGUUGGGUGGCUGGGGGAACUUGCAAGGUGCUUCAGAAGACUACCAGACUCUCGCGGCUAUGGGAAAUCUGUCCUCGGACGAUAGGCUGGUCGUGCAGCGGGCUCUCCGGGAACUCCCAGGGAAAAUCAAUCAAGCUCGGGAGAAGGAGAUGGGCGAGAUGAUGUCAAAGUUGAAAGAUCUCGGCAAUGGCAUUCUGAACCCAUUUGGUCUGUCGACAGACAACUUCAACUUCGUGCAGGAUCCGAAGACCGGCGGUUACUCGAUGAAUUUCCAAUCGUGA